CUUCGCCGGUCCCGCCGGCGGAGAGACUCUGCCCCUCCGGCGUCCGAGGCCGACCUCCCGCGGGCCCCGCGGCGCCCCGAGGACUCGCGGCCGGGCCGGGCUCCGUGUGGCCGCGGGCCGGCGCCAUGGAGGCCUUCACCCGCUUCACCAACCAGACCCAGGGCCGCGACCGGCUCUUCAGAGCCACUCAGUACACAUGCAUGUUGCUUAGGUAUUUGUUAGAGCCUAAACCUGACACAGAGAAGGUGGUAAUGAAGCUCAAGAAACUGGAGUCUAGUGUGAGCACUGGCCGCAAAUGGUUCCGGCUGGGCAACGUGGUCCACGCUGUACAGGCCACUCAGCAGAGCAUCCACGCCACGGACCUGGUGCCCCGCUUCUGCCUGACACUCGCCAACCUGAACCGUGUGGUUUACUUCAUCUGUGACACCGUCCUCUGGGUGAGGAGCGUAGGGCUCGCCUCCGGCAUUAACAAAGAGAAAUGGCGACUGUGGGCCGCACGCCACUACUACUACUCCCUCCUGCUGAGCCUGGCCAGGGACCUGUACGAAAUCUCCCUGCAGAUGGAACAGGCCGCGCAGGACAAGGCAAAGAGGGACAGGUCGCUCUCCCAGGAUCCUCUGGGGCACAGCGUGGCCGAUGAGGAGACAGAAUGGCUCCAGUCCUUUCUCCUGCUCUUGUUCCGGUCGCUGCGCAAGCACCCUCCCCUGCUCCUGGACACGGUGAAGAACCUCUGCGACCUCCUGAACCCUCUGGACCAGUUGGGGAUCUACAGGUCCAACCCUGGCAUCAUUGGGCUCGGGGGGCUCGUGUCCUCGGUCGCCGGCAUCAUCACUGUGGCCUGGCCUCACCUGAAGCUGAAGACUCGCACCUCUUGGGGGGACGGACAUUAGCGUUGGGCAUGGACCAUGCUUGGGUCAGUCUGUGCUGAACGACUCGUUCGCAUGAGCAUUCUGACCUGGUGCGUGAGCGGAGGUCGGGCCAAGGAUGGAGGAGGGAGAGCAUGAAGAUUGACAUGUUUUGUGGAGUGCUGCGAUCACUUCUGAAUUUCUGAGUACUUUCCCUUCGUCUAACAUUCAUUGCGCCUCUCUUCUGCACAUAGUAGGAGCUUCGUGUUUGCUGAAUGACUAAACAUUGAAAGAAAACAAGUUUUUAAAGGUCCAAACCAAUAAGUGAACGCUGAUACACAGUCAUUGGGGGCUGUGCCGCCUCACUGCUUCUGCGCACCGACAGCAGCUCUGAGUCACAGCCCUCAGAGCCAGCAGAGGCCCCUUUCUCCCCGGAGCCCAUGCGGGACGGUGGCAGCUGGGCUUCCGGCCUCGGGGAUCGCUCGCCCUGACAUCACUGCCCGCCUGGCCCCCGCCCGGAAGUGGAACAGAAAUGCAUCAGGCACCUCCAAGGUCUCGGUUGUGUCUGAGGUAGUGCAGUGACCAAGCAAAAAGGCAGAAGCACUUAGAAAGAACCUGAGGCAAAAAGAACAUGGAAGGUCACCACGGGGUGGCCUGUGACAGAUGGGGAAACGGGGUUGAAAGAAAGCCGAGGCCAGCACCUCAUUCCCCUGACGGCCAGUCCAAGGCCCCUCAGUCGUGAGUGCAGGAGCCAGACUGGGACCCAGGAUCAGUCGUGGCAUCACCUCCGUGAUAGCUCACUGCCGUCGGGUGGAGGGGAGUGGGAGACUCCGGAUCCGGUGCAAGCAGCCUUUCUGAGACUCUGUGUUGGUCAGUGGUUUCUAUUUUCUACAAAAAUUAAAACUAUAGGGUGUCCCCCCCCCCAAAAAAAAUAAAUGUA